CUCCGAGCUCGGCAUUGAGGCCGUUGCUUGAAGCGUCACGUCCCUGCGAGGUUUGAAUAAUUCCAUCUGACGCCCUCAGCUCAAGCCUCUCACCUAGUGUAGUAUCGUUACGCGGACCCAAUAAUCAUUUCCAGUUCGCGCCCUGCCCGUUCGGCUGCGUUGUUUAUCAACGGGUUUCCUUUUCGCCUUCGUCCGGAUUCCAUCUCACUACCGAUUUGUUGUUCAUUUCUUCCACUAUUAUGGGUCUGCUCUCUUGUGAUAGUUUUCUCCCACAUCUGGUCUGGAGAGUAUCAACAUGGCUGAGCCGAUAUUCACCAGACACCCACUGUUUAAUUGAAGACUGUUAUCAUCGACAGAGAGCAGAGACUUAGACAUCAUGUCACGUCAUUAUCAAAAGACCUUCGGGCGUAAAGUGGGCAAUGUGUGCACCACAAGUAUACAGUUUGACAAAUUAUUUAAAGAGAACAGCAACCGUCCAUCUGCAGCCAAAUCUGCUGGUACUGUUGGAAAAUGGGGUAUCACAUCGUUUACCUCCAUCCGAAGCUCAAAUGCGAUAGGACCUAACUCUGGCAGUGGGAAGGCUGGCGGAGGGAAAGCUGGUGCUGGGAAGGCUGGCGGUGGCAAGGCUGCCGCUGUAAAGGCUACCGCUGGAAAAGCUGGCGUUGGGAAAGUUGGUGUUGGUAAAUGUGAACCAGUUGUUGGGAUCAAGAGGGGAAGGACAGAUUCACAAAAUAGCAAGUCCAAUGACUCGUUUUCUUUUGACAAUGAUUCGGACUCUAGUGCUCCUCCUGUCAUCAAGCCCAAAAAGUUUUUCAAAAGCAGAAAUGCAGAGGCGGCUACACCUGCUACAGACGUUACCAAAGCAUCAAGUGUUGCCUCGUUUGGAAGCAACAUAGUUGACGAUACCGAUCAUCCUAUCCAACCAAUGCGCACAGCAGCUAGUCGAAAAAUGAUGACUCGCACUCCAAGUCCCCCUGCAACACGACCUUCAAGUAGCUCUAAUACUGAAGAAGCCAACAAACCUCCUAUAGUCCUAAGGAUAUUUAAGGGCACAUCUCAACUGGUUAGUACCACCACCACCCCUACUAGCCCAGGCAAUGAGUUUGAAGUGCAAUUAGUCGAAGAGCACGACAUUGUGAAGGCACCUCCUGUCAAGGCUAAACAGAGCAGUGUACCCCGCAACAAGAAAGGAGGCAGCAAGAAAGAACGAAUACCUGAUAUUGAGGAUGACGAUGAACUUUUGACUGUAAAUACUGCCACAUCACGCGCUCAGCGAUACUCACGUCGGCAAGCGGCAGCAAAGGAAACAACACUAGAAAUGGACUCUGAUUCAAUACCAUUCAUCCCAACUCCCAAGAAAGCAGCUCGAUAUGGUUAUGGACGGGGUAUUGACAAACCUUUAACCACUAGCACAUCUGAUACUUCUUCCGGCUAUGGCUUGUACAUGUCACCAGAAGCAUCAGCCUCAACGGAUAAUCCUUACAGCCCGCAAACAGUACCUGCAUCAGAAGGUACAGAAAAUGAUGAUGCAGCCUCAACUGAUGCCCCUGCCAUGGAAAGCUCAGCUCAAGAUGAAUCUCUUGACUACUCAAGUGCAGAAAGCUUGAAUGUUAGCAACGAAACGGACAUGUCUCUUCCCCAGCCAACAUCAUCAGCUCCACCUCCUGCAUUACCCAGUGCAAUAUAUGAUGAAGAAAACUCAGAAUCUGAAAUGCCCAGUACUGAAAAUGCAGGUUUGGAGGCAGCAUCUUCUGAGCCUGAAGAAACAGCCGCAACAUAUCCUCCUGUUUCUUCGUUCCAAGUUCCACCCUCUUAUCCUUCAGCUCCUGCCUUUCAACAACCUGUAGAGAACUACCAAUUACCUCCGCCCUAUGACCACACCUCUUCAUACCAACAACCAGAUGUUAACUAUCAGGCAACAGAAAGCUAUGAAGCUCCAACCUCCUCAUAUCAAGCAGCAGCUUCAUCAGAGCCUGAUGAACCCCUAGAGCAUAUGACGGCCAGGCAGCGAUUCGAUCGGCGCAACAGGCAAGCCAUGGAGUCCCAUCAAGCACCACAGAGCAUGGCAAACCACAUUGAACAUUCUUCUUUGGAAACAAGGUCUCAACAGUCCCCUGAUCAUGAGAUGCAUUCAUCAAACAUGGGUUCGGUUGACUGUGAUCCAAUAGAUUCAGCCAAUUCUGUCAUUGCCAAUUCGGCAUUGGCUUCAAGGAAUGUGUAUGAUGAUGGUCCUGAUGCUUUUGAUGGAUACCCGGGAAGUUCUGGUGAGCCUAGCGCCAACCAUGAAGUUUCUGACUCAAUUGAGAGUUAUUCCUCUGCUGUUGUUGUUCCUCGGAAGAAGGGCAGCAUUUUUAAAAGCCGUGCCCACGGGACUGAUGAGAAUAAAAAGAGGCUGGCUCUCUACAAACACAAGUGGAGUGAUAAUCAAGAAGGAGCUCCUGGUGCAUCUCAACCUGGAUCCAAUGUUGAGCAAGCUGAAACUAACGCCUCCGCUUCAUUGGCAAAGCCCUCUACAAGUGCAUACAACGUCGAUGAUGAAUUUGGGCCUGACGAGUUAACACGAGUGACAGAGCAGAAAGUUGAAGAUGAAAGUGUUGAGCCUGUGACGACUGUGAAAUGUGCAAAGAAUGCCAAAGGGUACUACACAGUUGUCCGGAAUGUGAAAAAAGCUCAUCAAAUUCAAGAAUCUGGUGAAUUUCAAGAAUUUAAUGAUGAUGUGGAGUAUAUUCUUGAUGCCUUACAGGAGCAAAAUCCUAUUGGUACUCGGUGUUUGUCAGCAAUUACAUUAGCGUCCAAGUGCAUGGUUCCUGCAUUUAGAAUGCAUGUUCGAGCUCAUGGAACAGUUGCAAAGUUCUUUAAAGCUCUACAUGAUGCAGCUAGAGAUCAGAGUUUAGGACUUUGUACUGCAACAGUGAUGUUUGCCUUAAGUCAAGACCGCUUGAACAUGGAUCUAGACCGUGACAGUCUUGAGUUAAUGCUCAAUCUUUUGGAGUCAGAUGCAAGUCAUUUAAAUGCCCUUGAGGAUUGUGGUCUGUCAAGUUCCCAAUUACUGAAAAAUAAAUUGAAAGUGCGUGAGCUCUGUGCUGAAAUUCAAAGUCAGGGUCAUGCAAAGCACCUCAACUUAGACAAUAUUACUGUUGGUCAGUUAGCAAUGGAAACACUUUUAUCUCUCACAUCACGUCGUGCUGGAGAGUGGUUUAAAGAAGAAUUACGUGAACUGGGUGGUCUUGAGCACAUUGUUAAAACAAUUUGUCAAUGUUGUGUUCAAAUUGACGAUUAUGUUGUAGAAUGGACUGAUGCGCUGCUUGACAGGAUGAGGAAGAUUGACCGUUGUCUUAGGGUUCUCGAGAAUGUUACUCAAGAGAAUGAAGAGAAUCAAGUGUAUCUUUUGAAAUAUCAGAAUGCCUCUCUGGUUGAUGUUCUAGUAAGGCUACUUCGACUUUGUGGAAAUGAAGUUCCUUUGUACCCUGUGUUUGAUCCAGCUGAUAAAGAUUCGACUGGGGUUGUCCUGCGGGAAGCACUUUUUGCAGUCCUUAAAGUUCUUAUUAACCUUUCUCAUGACUUCAAGGCCCUCACAUAUGGUAGCACUUUAGUUGGAUCCAAAAAUGGCAUGCUAGAAUCAUCAUUGCAUAUGCUUCUUCAUAUUCCUAAUUAUGUUGUGGAGAACUCAAAGUUUGAUCUCAUUGUUCUGGCGCUCACAUUGAUGAUAAAUUUGAUGGAACAUAAUGUUGACAAUAGAUUAAGACUUUUGAGAACAAAGGCCCCAGCUGAAGUUGAAAGUAUGUUCUCCUGUAAUCAAAAAAGUGCAAUUGAAGCACUCAUUGCCAUGUUCUACCGUCAAGAGGAAUUUGCUCGUAGUGAAGAAGCAAAGACUGAUGCAAUUCUUGAUGGCAAGGAUACAGCUGAAGACAGUGAGAAAUCUAAAGAAGCAGAAAAGGACAAAGACAAACCCAAGACUGUGCAAGCAAACAAGACGCAAGAUGAGCAGAUAGAAGAGACAGUUGCCAAAUUGCUCGCUAAAGCAGGCCGUCACAUGGAGCACACUUUUGUUGCUGCUUACAUUGGAUUACUCCUUGGAUAUGUAAUAAUGAACAACCAGGAACAUGAAGAGAUGGUCCGUAGAAUGCUACCAGAAGGGGAUUUCAAGACAAUGGUGGCUGUCCUUAAGAAAUUUUUCAAUUUCAUGAGUCUUACUGUAACUGCCACAGGCAGUAGUCGAGGUCUAUCUGCCACAGAAACUGUUCUGAAGUACAUGGAGAAAUUGGAUGAACCUCCACGAGAGGAAGAACUUAAGUCUGAGGGUGAUUUGCCAUCAGAUCUAGAUGGUUCUAUGGAGUCAUAGUGUCCAUCUGCUUAGUUUUCUUUUUGUAAUAAGUGAAAUGAUCCUUGUAACUCCAACUUUGACUUUAGGGCUCCUGGUCCCCAUUUUAGCUAGAAAUCUUACCUUUUUGUGUCUUGUGCAUGAUUUUAUGGACAACACUUGUGUGUCUUAUUGUGAUGUAACAUUAAGUUAAUUUCCCAUUUUCUCUUCAAGACUGGUAUUGAGCAUAUGUUGAAGUCCAAUGAAGUUGCUCCAUAUUUUAGGCUCCUAUUGACUAGGGUAGGGCUUUAAAACUGUAAAUUUGUGACUUAAGAUCGCGCUUAAUGGGAGCAUUAUCAAUUUUUCAGGUUCAUUAUGUAUUUUUUAACUUUAUUAAUGUUGUUGCCAUUCCUGUCAAGAAAGUUGUGUCUGGUAUUUUGAUUGUAUUUAAUCCUAGAUGACAACUUUUAUUGGAAACAUGAAAUUUGUUUUUGAUUACUAUUAUGUUUUGGAUGUAAACUUACUAUUACAAAGAAUUGUAUGGUAGGAGACGCGUUAGCUUGAUUUUACUUGUUUGGUUGGAAUUUUGGAUGUUUCUGCCUAGGUCAGUUUAAUCUUUUAAGGUUUGUUAGUAUUUUAACAAAUGUUUUUCCCCAAGCAAUAGUUUUUAUUAAUACAGCAAGGAACAUGUUUAAAAUAUGUUUGGCUUGAUCUGCCUUGACUGUUGAUGCAGUUUAUUUUUUCCAUGGAAGCUCCUGAUUUAUUUUAUUGGUGAGAGGGAUGAUAAGUUUCUCAUGUACUGAAGACCAUUUGAACCUGUGUGAUAAAUGUUUUUCACCUGAAUUUUAACAAGUUCCCUUUUAACUUUGUGCAUGUUUUCAUCAAUGAACUGUCCUCUAAUCAAAUUAAUAAUUUGGUCCAAGAAACUCAUUCUGUUUUUUUGUUUGUAGAAAGACACUAAAAAAAUUCUUGUACUUUCUUAUCCACCUGUGAUUAGUUUUAAAAGAUUUUUGACUAUGUUCACCUUCCAUUGCAGGAGGCUUUGACAGUUUGACCCACAUCUUGCACAGCAAAGUGGCCUGAUCUGUUUAGUGUGCUUUAUGCCUGCCAAAAGCUGCACCCUCAGCUGUCAUUUCUUCAUGUCUGGAAGCCUUUUUUGUGAUCUGUGUGAUCAGCUCUGUCGUGUUGGGGGCUCCAGUCACUUUUUUAAAAAGACUCUGUCUUGUUUUAUAUGUAAAAUUGGGUCUGAGAAGGAUGUGUGACAUGAUAAAGUCAAAGGCUUGUAUUGUUUUUAGUGUUGUGAAGACACAACAAAAAUACGUGUUAGUACAUAAUUGAUAUAUUUCAUAGUAUUUAUGUGAACUUUUGUACAUACAUCGGUUUUAAACAAAUUAAUGUUGUUUUACUGUAUAUUUUCCUUGUAAAUUUUUUUUUCCUGUUUAUAGUGUACGAACAAAACUACCGUAAGAAUUAAAUUAUUUUAUGUCACUUAUAAUUGAAGAAUGUAUAUAGUCAUACAUGCUCACUAUCAUAAUCAUAAUCACUCAUGUGUGAAUGAAUGGACAGUCCUCUGGAAUUGCACAAAUGUCAUGACAGUAUCAGAACAUGUGGAUUGUCACAUUUGGCAAACGAGUUGUGCAUAAUACAUAAUUUGCCCAAACGAAGUAAAGACUGAGUCCUGUAUCUAUUGUGCCGGGGAUUUGGGACGAUGUUGCUGAGGUUACAAGAUUCUUGAUUGCCAAUAUGCAAAAAGCAGUUUAGACAAUAUUUGUUUCUUGCCAGAUUGCUGCAGCCGGCUGCAAUCCGUUCAUUAUGUCGAACUGCUUAGAAUUACGUAUGGCCUUCAAGAAGGUCUAAUUUGUCUUUCUUUCUUCCCUAUUUCCUUGCCAAGAUUUACAGUGACAACUCAUCAAUUACUUCAAGUUAUGACUCAUUGCAGACAUUAAUUCAUGGUCCUUGUUACUUACUCCCAGUUUUCUUUACUUCAAUUUUGAUUGUACAAAUUUUACCUUGAAGAUACCAGUGAUAAGGUCCAGUGACCGCUCUCUUAGUUUAUUUUUUAUGGGAUACUUUCUACUAAAACUGAAUGUUACCAGGCUAGGCGCCAAAAUUGGUAAAGAACAUGUAGUGGAGUCUUGUCAUUAUCGGUGUCAUGCCUUGCUAUAAAAUGUUUCCAUUUUUUGUUCUGACUUUGGCCUAGCAUUUAUUUGUGCUAUUAGUUUGAAAUCCUAAGCACCUGCAGUAAAAAAUUACUGUCUGCUACAAACUCAGAUUAAAUUAAAUUUUGCAGUGGAACACUUCAUGAUUUCUGCCACUCAAUCAUCAAUAUUAUGUUUUGUACAUAUAUAUGUUAUUAAUUUAUGGUAAAUUUAUAUAUGCAUGCAUUUAAGUACAAAUACAUACUCAGUUCUGUUUAUAGUUUUAGGUGUUUUAUUAUUGUACAUCAUGUUUGGAUGCUAGUAACAUGUCCUUACUAUCUGGUACCAUUUGUUUUUCCAAAUUCUUUACCAUCUCAAAUUAUUUGUUUUCAAGUAGCUUCUGUGCAUUUCAGGUAUGCUGAACAUGUGUGAAAGAUCUUAUGUUGCUGUUCUAGAAUUAUUAAAAUGAGGAGAAUAAGAGUCAAGGUUCCUA